AACAAAAAUGAUUGCACACUAAGAGAAUAGCACAAAUGCCAGAUUGACUUUACUUUGUCUAGGCUGAUUGUAGCAGGGGUUACUUAUUUGGUAAACCAGAGAGAUGUUGGGUAAACGCAUUUUUAAGUUAACGCUUUGACUCAUUUAUCCUGCCUACGUUUGUUCAAUCAUUAAUGUCUAAUAUUUCUUUCAGUGCAAACAUCUGCAUUGACGAGUGGUGAGGUCGCUGUAAUCGUUGUCUGUUCAUGUUUUGUUACUGCCGCCCUUGUCAUUUUAGUAAUGUAUCUUAAAAGUAAAUACGCUCAUAGAAAGGCAAGUAAAAAGUUGAAACGACCGUCAAGACAAGAGACAUUAGGCACAAGCAUACUUAGCAGGGCAUCAAUAGGCCUACCAACAGAUUCGUGGGAAAUAGUGCGAAAUAAAUUGGUGUUGAAAGAGGUCAUAGGUGAAGGCUUUUUCGGGAAGGUCAUACGAGCUGAAUUUUAUUUGAAAGGCAAAAAAGGAAAAACCCCCGUAGCUAUCAAAACCCUCAAAGAUGAAUGCAAGACUACAGAGAAGUUCAGAUUACAGGAUGAACUGGAGCUCAUGAAGACCUUUGAUAAACAUCCAAAUAUAAUUGAUUUAAUCGGAUGCUGUACAAUAGAUGAUCCAAUUUAUAUUGUUCUGGAGUUUGCUCCAUUUGGCAAUCUGCGAGAUUACUUAUUCAAAUCACGCAAAUCAAAAGCCACUGCUCUACCUGUUCUUCAAGAAUCAGAAGAUGCGGCUUAUGAAACUGUAAAUUUUGAGCAUGAUGCCGCCCUCUCUCCACUAAGCGCUGAUGAUCUGACGUCAUUUGCUUGGCAGAUAACUCGAGCUAUGUCGUACUUAACGUCCAUAAAGUGCGUUCAUCGCGACUUAGCAGCUCGAAAUGUGUUACUGACUCAUGAUAAACGCUGCAAACUCAGUGACUUUGGAAUGGCGUACACCAAAAAUCAAGGCGGGCUUUACGAGGACUUAAACCAGCCUAAACUACCAAUUCGGUGGAUGGCCCCGGAAGCUGUUCUGGACAACAUUUACACGACUAGCAGUGACGUCUGGUCAUUCGGGGUCACACUGUGGGAGAUCAUCACCUUAGGAGGCUAUCCUUACCCCGGGGUAACGACCGAUGAGCUUAUAGAAAAGAUUAAAGAAGGCUACCGAAUGCCAAAACCGGAUCAUUGUGAAGACACAAUAUAUGAGAUUAUGAAAUGUUGCUGGCAACUCAAUGCGGAUGACAGACCAUCAUUUGACCAACUGACAACGCAGUUGGAUAACAUAUUAUCUGCCGAGAAGGAUUACAUAGAUUUUACCUUCUUUCGGGGAAGCAUCUAUGAAAAUGUCCAAUGUGAACUACUGAUGACAAACCAAGCUGAACAUCAUAAUAAUAUGAACAACAAAUUUCAUCACAAAGACGAGUGCUGUCAUCGUGAGGACGAGAGCAAACACCACAAUCACAGCGAUAGGAACAGUCUCAGUGACGAGAAUAAUCAUCACAAGGACGUUCAAAGUUACCAUGAAGGCAAAAAUGUGAAUCAUGAGCACAAUCAGGAGAAUAAUACACAUUAUAACCACGGACAUGAAAAAAACAAACUUGAUAAUGGAAUCAGCGUUGAAAACAAAGACAAUCAACAUGCGUACGAUAAUAGUAACUACCAACAUGAAAAUAACAACAGUCAAUUCGGGGAAGGGACAGAUCAUCAGCGAGACGAAGUUAGCGAUCCGUGGUACGAUAAUGAAAAUAAUGUUAUAAACAUCGAAGACUAGUAAUCAUAUGUACAACAUUAGAGACAAAAGGAAUAGUGACCUUGUGUACGACACCAGCAUUGCGGAGAACAACCACUAGGCCUAACAACCACUAGGCCUAAUUAGCACAAAUCAAGAGUGGCACUGUAGCUUGGUGGGUAGGGCAAUCUUCUUCAUACACCAAGGUCUUAUGUAUAAGAAAAGUAAUACAGUGCUCGAAUAUAGAAGCGUUGAUGCCCAUCAUCAUAUUUUAUUUGUAUUAUAUUCAGUGUGUGUAUAAUAUAAAUCAAGACAAUUUCAGUACAGUUUAAAAAAAUGAGAUAAAAAGAAAAAGAAAUAACAAAAACCAAACAAAAAGAAAAAGAAAAAACCCCGGCUGAUACGGGCUAGGAGACACCAAAUAACAAAACGUAAUAGAAAAAAAAAGCCUUCGUAGCAAUGCAAUGAAAACAAAUAAUUAAACAAGAAUAGAAGACAGAUUGAGAAUUAUUUAUGUUGUUAGGAGGGUUGUCGUACCACAGAGCUGCAUGGCAGAUGGUGAUGGUGAUUGAUUUGCUCGAGUAAUCUUGAAUUUUUGGUACCACGAAGGGUUUUUACGACGAUACGCGACGGCCCGAUUGUUUGUUUAUAGUGUAUUCAAGUACUGUUCAAGGAUUCAAGGAACAUUGUCGACAAUAAAAUUUAGAUGUAGGAUGAUAUACCGUACAUAUAAGCAAACAUUAAAGAUAUAUUUAGUGUUAUAUUAAUAUAUACAUUAAACUUACAAUGUAUUCAACAAACAAAACAAAAAAGUAAUGAAUAAAUAUAGAUAAAACAAUUUAGGUCCUGAAAAAAGUAGGUUAAUCACUUUUAUCACCCUAAGUUGGAAAAGUGAUGAAGCCAAAAAUCACCCCUGGGUUGUUUGCUGGUGCAUUGGUAUUGAAAGUAAAGUAUAUGAUUGAGAUAAUACAAACAAUAUCUACUAACUAUUUACUAAAAAUAUGAAAAAGAAAAAUUUUCCGAAAAAAAAAUAUCAAAAAAAACAACAACAAAGGAUUAGUUUUUUUUUCCAAUACCAUAGAUGACAUACAUGCGGGCGAGGGUGAUAAAACAUUAAUUCAUUUUAUUGGGCUUUAGAAAAUACCUAUAAAAAUUUGAUUAUUGCGAAAAGGAUAUUUUUCUGUGCACUGUUAUUAUUUAUUUCUUUUAUUUUGUAUUUUGAGUAAGUGUAUUGUAGUCUACUUUCGCACGAUAAUUGUUAAUAUUCAAAAGUUGUGGGCCAAUAAACAACAAUAAGAAAUCA